AUGGGGGGAGAGAGCGUCAAGUUGCACCAGGACUUUCACCGCCGGAGAUGCUCUGAGCAACACAGACUUCAUUUAUUUCUGCUGUUUGGAAACUUGCAUUUUACAGAUAUGGAUCAGAGGGCAGUAUGUGCCGGAUGCCACCGGCCGAUCAGGGACAGAUUCCUGCUCAGAGUCACAGACUGCCUCUGGCAUGAGGAGUGUGUUCGAUGCGCGUCGUGCGGGGACGCGCUCAGGAACUCGUGCUACCUGCGGGACUGCAAACUUUACUGCAAAAGAGACUAUGCAGAUCUGUUUGCAGUGCAUUGUGGGGGCUGUGCAGAGCCCAUCUCUCCUGCAGAGCUGGUGAUGCAUGCAGGGGCUGCUGUGUUCCACCUGCGCUGCUUCGUCUGCAGCGUUUGUUCCUGCCGCCUGCAGACUGGAGAUUGUUGCGUCCUCAGGGAGGGACAGCUACUGUGUGCUAGAGAGGACUACCACCAGUGUCUGUCCAGCCCAACCUCUUCUGACACAGGUAGAAGUGAUGAUGAAGAAGAAGAGGAGGAAGAGUCUGGGAGAGUUACAGUGAGACGGAUUAGAUCAGCAGAUCUGGAGAGCAAACAUCCUAAAAGACCUCGCACUAUUUUGACCACUCAACAACGACGGACCUUUAAAGCCUCCUUUGAGGUCUCGUCAAAGCCUUGCCGAAAGGUAAGGGAGACUUUGGCAGCAGAGACUGGCCUGAGUGUCCGGGUUGUGCAGGUCUGGUUCCAGAACCAAAGGGCCAAAAUGAAGAAACUGGCCAGGAGGCAGCAGCAGCAACAGGAGCAGCAGCAGACUCAGGAACAACAUGAGCACCAAUCACAUCACACAGCGCCCACCUGUGGCGAUUUGACCUCUGAGAUGGAACGCAUGGGGUCCUCUUAUUCACACACACAGGAGCAGCAGCAGCAGCAGCAGCAGGUGGGGCUCACAGCACUGGGGCAGCAGGACUAUGACAUGGACCCCUUCAGGCACGGCCUGACCCCACCUCAGAUGCCAGGGGAUCACAUGCACCCAUACGGUUUUAAAAGCCUGUACAAUGGUGUGGACAGAGAUCCUCUUUGUCAUGUGGCUGACAGCGACUGCCUCUCCCUGGGUGUCACCUCUCUACUCACUCCUAUUGGCCACCUCUACUCCAUGCAGGACUCUUACUUCACCUCCUGAAAGUGGAGAUCAAAUUCACUGAGAAGUGGUUCAUUUCCCUCGCUCUGUGAUGAUCUCUGAUCUCAUCAUUUAUCUGUCUGGACAAUGCACAAAGUAAUACAAGAAGCGGGUGUAAAAAUACAGCCAAGGGGACACUGUGGUACCAUGUGCACCUCCAUAUAAACAUAAUUAUACUACUGCCUCAUACUGUAUGUUUUACACUCUCACUGUACAACACAGGCUCUCUAAAGUUUCUUGUGUAUAAAUGGUACUGUUGGACCUCUCUCACUUCUCUUUGAAUGUUAGAUCAUGAAAUUAUAACUGCAUCUACUAAUGUAAAUAACUUUAUGGGUAUGUAUUUUUAUUUAU